GACAGGGGAAGGACCCCGCUGCAGCCUGAGCAGUGAAGUAAACAGAGGAGAAACGAAACUGCAGAGCGGCGUCUGGAGAGCGGAGUCUUUACGUGCAAACUGCCCCUACACACCGGCCCCUGGGAACUCGGAAGUUGCCAAGAUGUUGGUGAAGUCCUGAAAGAGCAAGCUGAAGAUACUUGUUGUCCGCCGCUGACCUAGGGGUGGUGAAUAUUUGUGGAGCUGCCCAGCAUCCCAUGAGCAAUUGCUGAAAAUGAAGAGGAGAGCUGAGCCUGAGCCUCAGAGCCGACAGAAGAGGCGUAUUGAAGAACUUGGCCUUAAUCUGAGCUCAACUUCAGAUGAUGACACCCAGUACAGCAACCAUGGCACUCAAGGUGGGUCUGCCUGCAGUACCAGCUCUGACAGUGACAGCGAUGAGAAGCGGCCCGUGUUUGGGUCUAUGGCUAAAGAGACUGGAUCUGAGCCCCUGGCAGAAGGGUCUUCCUCCCGCUACUCCAUGUUUAACAGCGUCUCCCAGAAGCUUAUGGCUAAAAUGGGUUUCCGCGAAGGAGAAGGUCUAGGAAAAUUUGGCCAGGGCCGAAAGGAAAUUAUCGAAACGUCCAAGCAGAGGGGCCGCAGGGGUCUGGGGCUGAUCCUAAAAGGCUUUGAGAAGGAUUUAAACGUGAACUGGAGGGAUGAGCCUGAGGCCACGGCUUAUGAGGAGGUGGACUGGUUCCCAGAAUGCUCUACAGAAAUCCCAGAUGCUGAUGAACUGUCCGAUUGGAUGACCGUGGGGAAGAGGAAGCUAAUCAUUGACGAUGAGACGGAGUUCUGCAGGGAGAAGCUUCUUCACAGCCUCCUGGACUGCAAGAGUGCAUUUGAUGAGCUGGAAGGGGAAGAAAUGAGGAGAGCGAGGACGCGUUCCAAUCCCUACGAGAUGAUUCGUGGCGUCUUCUUCCUGAAUCGGGCAGCCAUGAAGAUGGCCAACAUUGACCACGUGUUCGAUUACAUGUUCACCAACCCGAAGGAUGCAGAGGGGAAACCGAAGCUGAAGGACAGGGACUCGGAGCUGCUUUAUUUUGCGGAUGUCUGUGCCGGCCCCGGGGGCUUCUCGGAGUAUGUGCUAUGGAGGAAGAAAUGGCACGCCAAGGGCUACGGGAUGACCCUGAAGGGGCCAAACGACUUCAAGCUUGAAGAUUUCUACUCUGCAUCAAGCGAGCUCUUUGAGCCGUACUACGGUGAGGGGGGGGUGGACGGCGACGGCGACGUAACGCGCCCUGAAAACAUCACGGCUUUCCGCAACUUCAUCCUGGACAACACGGAUCACAAGGGCGUGAACUUCAUGAUGGCUGAUGGGGGUUUCUCCGUUGAGGGUCAAGAGAACAUACAGGAGAUUCUCAGCAAACAGCUGCUUCUGUGCCAGUUUCUGGUGGGGCUCUCCGUGAUCCGGACAGGGGGUCAUUUCAUCUGCAAGACGUUUGAUCUGUUCACCCCGUUUAGCGUGGGUCUCAUCUACUUACUGUACUGCUGCUUCGAACGGAUCUCCCUCUUCAAACCGGUGACCAGCCGGCCGGCGAACUCCGAGAGGUAUAUUGUUUGCCGCGGCCUGAAGACGGGGAUCGAGGACGUGCGCAAUUACCUGUUCACAGUGAACCUGCGGCUCAACCACCUGCGAAACAGCGACCAGGAUGUGAACUUGGUGGUCCCGCUGGAGGUGCUGAGAGGAGACCGCCAGUUCUUUGAGUACAUGGUCCGGUCCAAUGAGAGGUACUGCGAGGUUCAGAUAAAAGCUCUGGCUAAAAUCCACGCCUUUGUUCAGGACUCGACCCUGAGUGAGCCUCGGCAGGCCGAACUACGGAAAGAGUGCCUGAAGAUGUGGGGGGUCCCCGACCAGGUCCGAGUGGCGCCAACCAACAGCGAUCCGAAGACCAAGUUCUUCCAGCUGAUUCAGAGCCGGGACAUCGAUGUUUUCGCGUACAAGCCGACCCCGCUCACCACGAAGACCUUGGAGAAGCUGAGCCACGUGCUGGAUUACCGGUGCAUGGUGUCGGGGAGCGAGCACGUCUUCCUGCUGGGACUAGGGCGCUCUCAGAUCUACGCGUGGGGAGGGAAGCCCUCGGACCGCUGGACCAAACUCGACCUGAAGACGGAGCUCCCGCGGGACACGCUCCUGUCUGUGGAGAUCGUCCACGAGCUAAAGGGAGAGGGCAAAGCGCAGAGGAAGAUCAGCGCCGUCCACAUCCUCGACGCUCUGUUUCUGAAUGGGAUGGAUGUUCGGCCGCAGCACUUCAACCAGAGGAUACAGCUGGCAGAGAAGUUUGUGAAAGCCGUUUCUAAACCAAGCCGGCCUGACAUGAACCCCAUCAGGGUGAAGGAAGUUUACCGGCUCGAGGAAAUACAGAAGAUCUUUCUAAGGUUAGAAAUGAAGAUUAUUAAAAGUUCCGGCAGCUUCCCCCGGCUCUCCUACACGGGAAGGGACGACCGACACUUUGUGCCCUGGGGGCUUUACAUCGUGAAAACUGUGAACGAUCCGUGGACAAUGGCGUUCAGCAAGAGUACCAAUCGGAAAUAUUUCUACAACAUAAAGACCAAAAAGUCCAUAUUUGAAGUUCCCGUGGAGUCGAUUGCCCCGUUUCACGUCUGCUACUUCGAGCGCCUCUUCUGGAACUGGAAGGACGAGGCGCACAUUCAGGACUCCCGGAAACAGGACCCCGACUCCGAAAAGCUCUCCAAAGAAACCGUCCUGAAUUUCAUCCAGAUGCACCAGCCCUGCGCUGCCUCCGGGGCCAGAGAGGAUAUAUAGCGGUGGCCCGGAACAUGGACAACAGAGACACGGAGAGUCAGCAGGUCGCUAACCGCCCCAGACAUUAUCACGGAGUGGCACAUCGGGGGGGACCUGCCCUCCUCCUUAUAGAGAGGCGCUCACCGCACUUUGGAUAAACGGAUUCAUUGCUAAAACAGCAGAUUUUCAUUUUUAGCUCCGACGUACCUCCAUCCAUUAUUUUUUUUUUUGGAGGGGGGGUGAGAAUCAUGAUUUGUUUUUAAUCCCCCUCUCUGUCAGCACAGAGAAAAGUUAUGAAAUCACCGGUAGCAGCAGAUCCAAAAUCAGGUAAAAUAAGAGCGGAAAACUUCAAACCGCCUCACGGAGCCCUGCUUUGCUUCAUCGUCAGACGUCUGAUUUAUUCCGCCCCCCCCCUCUAUUUCUAUUAUGUUUUGGAAUUUUGUGUCCUACAAAUGAUUUGGGUUCUGGAUUUUAAGGACCGGAUGGAAGCGAUCAAUGAUAUUGUCACAGAAUCCAGGCACUAAUAAAACCGCGGAUUACUGCG